GAACUCCACCCUGUAGAGGAGCCGGAGGAGGAGGAGGGUCUCUUUCCAUGGUCUCCUCAAAACCAGCUAUAAAACCACAGAGAACAAACACAGAGCUUACAUUAUCUCCUCUUUUACGGGCGUCGCUCCAACACACAGGCAGGACACAUCAGACUGCAUGACAGACUCUGUAGAGGGAAGCAGUGGACAAUCUGAAUGAAGUCUGGAAUGAACAUUUAACCACUGUGAUAAUGGCUCUUUCUUCAUAUCUGCUUCUGCUCCUGGUGGUUCUCAGUGUUUCAGCUGUUCACAAAGGCUUGAAAUAUCCAGAUGAGGUUUCAUCACCAGAUGCAGAAGAUAAAAAGAGACACUCCUUAUACCACACCUACAACGCUCACUCCAACAACUGGAUCAUGAAGGCCACUGUCCAGUUUGAUGGCGUGGGGGUCUACUGUUUCAUCCAAAAAAGAACUGGUAUCUGGAUGUACUCUCCCUGGAGAAUAAGAAUGAUUGAUGUGGAUUACAUAUUUUGUAAUUAUUAUAAAGAGCUCUAUCACCAUCUAAAAGAUACUGACAGUGACCUUACACAGAGAUAUGUCUGUGAGGUCGAGAGAUCCUCUAGUGGAGAUGUGACCUUACUGAGCACUACAGCUGAAUUCAGACUCAAUGGAAAGAUCAUCCUCCGCUUUAAUGAUGACAGAGAUGAGUGGGAAGCGCUGGACAAAAGGUUCCUAGCAGUUAAAACAGAGUGGAACAGUUUAACCCACUUCAAUCAAAUCAUCAAGUACUAUCUGCAGCAAGGCUGUACAGACAGACUGCGGUCUUACCUGAACUUUUAUGAUGAGCACAUUAGAACUAGUGUGUUUCCUAUUGAAGGAAAGUGGUCUUACCUGAAAGAUUCUGAUAAGGACAUCAGAAACAGCCCUUCUAGUGUGGCUCCUAGUGAUGAACCGCGGUCUUACGCGGAACGUUCUGAUGAGGACAUAAGAAACAGCACUUCUACUGUGGCUCCUAGUGAUAAACCGCGGUCUUACACGGAACGUUCUGAUGAGGAAAUAAGAAACAGCACUUCUAGUGUGGUUCCUAGUGAUGAACCGCGGUCUUACACGGAACGUUCUGAUGAGGAAAUAAGAAACAGCACUUCUAGUGUGGUUCCUAGUGAUAAACCACUGCCUUACGCGGAACGUUCUGAUGAGGACAUAAGAAACAGCACUUCUAGUGUGGUUCCUAGUGAUAAACCGCUGCCUUACGCGAAACGUUCUGAUGAGGACAUCAGAAACAGCACUUCUAGUGUGGUUCCUAGUGAUGAACCGCGGUCUUACGCGGAACGUUCUGAUGAGGACAUCAGAAACAGCCCUUCUAGUGUGGUUCCUAGUGAUGAACCGCGGUCUUACACGGAACGUUCUGAUGAGGACAUAAGAAACAGCACUUCUACUGUGGCUCCUAGUGAUGAACCGCGGUCUUACACGGAACGUUCUGAUGAGGACAUAAGAAACAGCACUUCUACUGUGGUUCCUAGUGAUAAACCGCGGUCUUACGUGGAACGUUCUGAUGAGGACAUAAGAAACAGCACUUCUAGCGUGGUUCCUAGUGAUAACCCGCUGCCUUACGCGGAACGUUCUGAUGAGGACAUAAGAAACAGCACUUCUAGUGUGGCUCCUAGUGAUAAACCACUGCCUUACGUGGAACGUUCUGAUGAGGACAUCAGAAACAGCACUUCUAGUGUGGUUCCUAGUGAUAAACCACUGCCUUACGCGGAACGUUCUGAUGAGGACAUAAGAAACAGCACUUCUAGUGUGGCUCCUAGUGAUGAACCGCGGUCUUACGCGGAACGUUCUGAUGAGGACAUAAGAAACAGCCCUUCUAGUGUGGCUCCUAGUGAUGAACCGCGGUCUUACGUGGAACGUUCUGAUGAGGACAUAAGAAACAGCACUUCUAGUGUGGUUCCUAGUGAUAACCCGCUGCCUUACGCGGAACGUUCUGAUGAGGACAUCAGAAACAGCCCUUCUAGUGUGGUUCCUAGUGAUAAACCGCAGCCUUACGCGGAACGUUCUGAUGAGGACAUCAGAAACAGCACUUCUAGUGUGGUUCCUAGUGAUAAACCGCUGCCUUACGUGGAACGUUCUGAUGAGGACAUCAGAAACAGCACUUCUACUGUGGCUCCUAGUGAUAAACCGUGGUCUUACACAGAACGUUCUGAUGAGGACAUCAGAAACAGCACUUCUAGUGUGGUUCCUAGUGAUGAACCGCGGUCUUACACGGAACGUUCUGAUGAGGACAUCAGAAACAGCACUUCUAGUGUGGUACCUAGUGAUAAACCGCUGCCUUACGCGAAACGUUCUGAUGAGGACAUCAGAAACAGCACUUCUAGUGUGGUUCCUAGUGAUAACCCGCUGCCUUACGCGGAACGUUCUGAUGAGGACAUCAGAAACAGCACUUCUAGUUGGGUUCCUAGUGAUAAACCGCGGCCUUACGUGGAACGUUCUGAUGAGGACAUCAGAAACAGCACUUCUAGUGUGGUUCCUAGUGAUAAACCGCUGUCUUACACGGAACGUUCUGAUGAGGACAUCAGAAACAGCACUUCUAGUGUGGUUCCUAGUGAUAAACCGCUGUCUUACACGGAACGUUCUGAUGAGGACAUCAGAAACAGCACUUCUAGUGUGGUUCCUAGUGAUAAACCACAAUCUUACGCGGAACGUUCUGAUGAGGACAUAAGAAACAGCACUUCUAGUGUGGCUCCUAGUGAUAAACCGCUGCCUUACGCGGAACGUUCUGAUGAGGACAUCAGAAACAGCACUUCUAGUGUGGUUCCUAGUGAUAAACCGCUGCCUUACGCGGAACGUUCUGAUGAGGACAUAAGAAACAGCAUUUCUACUGUGUCUCCUAGUGAUAACCCGCUGCCUUACGCGGAACGUUCUGAUGAGGACAUCAGAAACAGCACUUCUACUGUGGCUCCUAGUGAUAAACCGCGGUCUUACACAGAACGUUCUGAUGAGGACAUCAGAAACAGCACUUCUAGUGUGGUUCCUAGUGAUGAACCGCGGUCUUACACGGAACGUUCUGAUGAGGACAUCAGAAACAGCACUUCUAGUGUGGUACCUAGUGAUAAACCGCUGCCUUACGCGAAACGUUCUGAUGAGGACAUCAGAAACAGCACUUCUAGUGUGGUUCCUAGUGAUAACCUGCUGCCUUACGCGGAACGUUCUGAUGAGGACAUCAGAAACAGCACUUCUAGUUGGGUUCCUAGUGAUAAACCGCUGUCUUACACGGAACGUUCUGAUGAGGACAUCAGAAACAGCACUUCUAGUGUGGUUCCUAGUGAUAAACCGCUGUCUUACACGGAACGUUCUGAUGAGGACAUCAGAAACAGCACUUCUAGUGUGGUUCCUAGUGAUAAACCACAAUCUUACGCGGAACGUUCUGAUGAGGACAUAAGAAACAGCAAUUCUAGUGUGGCUCCUAGUGAUAAACCGCUGCCUUACGCGGAACGUUCUGAUGAGGACAUCAGAAACAGCACUUCUAGUGUGGUUCCUAGUGAUAAACCGCUGCCUUACGCGGAACGUUCUGAUGAGGACAUAAGAAACAGCAUUUCUACUGUGUCUCCUAGUGAUAACCCGCUGCCUUAUGCGGAACGUUCUGAUGAGGACAUCAGAAACAGCACUUCUACUGUGGCUCCUAGUGAUAAACCGCGGUCUUACGCGGAACGUUCUGAUGAGGACAUAAGAAACAGCACUUCUAGUGUGGUUCCUAGUGAUAAACCAUGGUCUUACACGGAACGUUCUGAUGAGGACAUCAGAAACAGCACUUCUACUGUGGCUCCUAGUGAUAAACCACGGUCUUACCCGGAACGUUCUGAUGAGGACAUCAGAAACAGCACUUCUACUGUGGUUCCUAGUGAUAAACCACGGUCUUACACGGAACGUUCUGAUGAGGACAUCAGAAACAGCACUUCUAGUGUGGUUCCUAGUGAUAAACCACGGUCUUACGCGGAACGUUCUGAUGAGGACAUCAGAAACAGCACUUCUAGUGUGGUUCCUAGUGAUAAACCACGGUCUUACGCGGAACGUUCUGAUGAGGACAUAAGAAACAGCACUUCUAGUGUGGUUCCUAGUGAUAAACCGCUGCCUUACGCGGAACGUUCUGAUGAGGACAUAAGAAACAGCACUUCUAGUGUGGUUCCUAGUGAUAAACCACGGUCUUACAUGGAACGUUCUGAUGAGGACAUCAGAAACAGCACUUCUAGUGUGGCUCCUAGUGAUAAACCACGGUCUUACCCGGAACGUUCUGAUGAGGACAUCAGAAACAGCACUUCUACUGUGGUUCCUAGUGAUAAACCACGGUCUUACACGGAACGUUCUGAUGAGGACAUCAGAAACAGCACUUCUACUGUGGUUCCUAGUGAUAAACCACGGUCUUACACGGAACGUUCUGAUGAGGACAUAAGAAACAGCACUUCUAGUGUGGCUCCUAGUGAUAAACCACGGUCUUACCCGGAACGUUCUGAUGAGGACAUCAGAAACAGCACUUCUACUGUGGUUCCUAGUGAUAAACCACGGUCUUACACGGAACGUUCUGAUGAGGACAUCAGAAACAGCACUUCUAGUGUGGUUCCUAGUGAUAAACCACGGUCUUACGCGGAACGUUCUGAUGAGGACAUCAGAAACAGCACUUCUAGUGUGGUUCCUAGUGAUAAACCACGGUCUUACGCGGAACGUUCUGAUGAGGACAUCAGAAACAGCACUUCUAGUUGGGUUCCUAGUGAUAAACCGCUGUCUUACACGGAACGUUCUGAUGAGGACAUCAGAAACAGCACUUCUAGUGUGGUUCCUAGUGAUAAACCGCUGUCUUACACGGAACGUUCUGAUGAGGACAUCAGAAACAGCACUUCUAGUGUGGUUCCUAGUGAUAAACCACAAUCUUACGCGGAACGUUCUGAUGAGGACAUAAGAAACAGCACUUCUAGUGUGGCUCCUAGUGAUAAACCGCUGCCUUACGCGGAACGUUCUGAUGAGGACAUCAGAAACAGCACUUCUAGUGUGGUUCCUAGUGAUAAACCGCUGCCUUACGCGGAACGUUCUGAUGAGGACAUAAGAAACAGCAUUUCUACUGUGUCUCCUAGUGAUAACCCGCUGCCUUACGCGGAACGUUCUGAUGAGGACAUAAGAAACAGCACUUCUAGUGUGGUUCCUAGUGAUAAACCAUGGUCUUACACGGAACGUUCUGAUGAGGACAUCAGAAACAGCACUUCUAGUGUGGCUCCUAGUGAUAAACCACGGUCUUACCCGGAACGUUCUGAUGAGGACAUCAGAAACAGCACUUCUACUGUGGUUCCUAGUGAUAAACCACGGUCUUACACGGAACGUUCUGAUGAGGACAUCAGAAACAGCACUUCUAGUGUGGUUCCUAGUGAUAAACCACGGUCUUACGCGGAACGUUCUGAUGAGGACAUCAGAAACAGCACUUCUAGUGUGGUUCCUAGUGAUAAACCACGGUCUUACGCGGAACGUUCUGAUGAGGACAUAAGAAACAGCACUUCUAGUGUGGUUCCUAGUGAUAAACCGCUGCCUUACGCGGAACGUUCUGAUGAGGACAUAAGAAACAGCACUUCUAGUGUGGUUCCUAGUGAUAAACCACGGUCUUACAUGGAACGUUCUGAUGAGGACAUCAGAAACAGCACUUCUAGUGUGGCUCCUAGUGAUAAACCACGGUCUUACCCGGAACGUUCUGAUGAGGACAUCAGAAACAGCACUUCUACUGUGGUUCCUAGUGAUAAACCACGGUCUUACACGGAACGUUCUGAUGAGGACAUCAGAAACAACACUUCUACUGUGGUUCCUAGUGAUAAACCACGGUCUUACACGGAACGUUCUGAUGAGGACAUAAGAAACAGCACUUCUAGUGUGGCUCCUAGUGAUAAACCACGGUCUUACCCGGAACGUUCUGAUGAGGACAUCAGAAACAGCACUUCUACUGUGGUUCCUAGUGAUAAACCACGGUCUUACACGGAACGUUCUGAUGAGGACAUCAGAAACAGCACUUCUAGUGUGGUUCCUAGUGAUAAACCACGGUCUUACGCGGAACGUUCUGAUGAGGACAUCAGAAACAGCACUUCUAGUGUGGUUCCUAGUGAUAAACCACGGUCUUACGCGGAACGUUCUGAUGAGGACAUCAGAAACAGCACUUCUAGUGUGGCUCCUAGUGAUAAACCACGGUCUUACGCGGAACGUUCUGAUGAGGACAUCAGAAACAGCACUUCUAGUGUGGCUCCUAGUGAUAAACCACGGUCUUACCCGGAACGUUCUGAUGAGGACAUAAGAAACAGCACUUCCACUGUAAUUCCUUGUGAUACAAAUAAGGGGAAGAAAGAAAAUGAAGGAAAAGAGGGAACAGAGAUAUUAUUAGUUCUCUCAUGCAUAGUAAAUGCCUGUUUUGCUGUUGCGAUGGCUUUUGCACUUCUUAUGAAAAAAAUAGCAAAAGGAAAAGUUGUGAAACCUCCAGUUAAACGUGCCCACAGAGGAUAUUCAAAUGGAAGCUUUUCUUCUUCAAGCGAGUUUCUUCCUCCGUAUAUGGAAAGCUUUUCUUCUUCAUAUGAGACUCUACCUCUGAAAACGGAAAGCUUUUCUUCUUCAAGGGAGUUUCUACCUCGGUAUAUGGAAAGCUUUUCUUCUUCAAGGGAGUUUCUAUCUCCAAAAAUGGAAAGAUUCACUGCUUCAAUGGAUAAACUACCUCCAGUAAUGGAAAGAUUCACUGCUUCAAUGGAUAAACUACCUCCAGCUCUGGAAAGCUUUUCUUCUUCAAGGGAGUUUCUAUCUCCAAAAAUGGAAAGAUUCACUGCUUCAAUGGAUAAACUACCUCCAGUAAUGGAAAGAUUCACUGCUUCAAUGGAUAAACUACCUCCAGCUCUGGAAAGCUUUUCUUCUUCAAUGGAGUUUCUUCCUCCGUAUAUGGAAAGAUUCACUGCUUCAAUGGAUUUACCACGUCCAAAUCUGGAAGGUUCCACUGCUUCAGUAGACUUUUCUACAGAUCUGGCUGAGGAUGAUGAUGAUGAUGAUGAUGGUCAGAAGCUCACUCAAGUCAGACUGACUCGGACUGCAGGACUGACCACAGCUGGAGGGCAGCUCCGCUCUACAUCCAUCUCUCUCCCUGUGUUUGGAAGAUGGAAUUUGAGGGCUAUCUGGUUGUGAUCUGGCCUUAUGACUGCUCUGACUCUCAGUGAGAUGAUUCAGCUGAGGAGGUUGUUACUGCUGAAUAUCAACACCAGCACUCAGAGAAGAUCCUCACAGUCUGUAUCUUAAAGUGACUGUUCAACAAAACAUCUAGUUUACCCCAUUACUCCAAAUGUAGUUGAUCAGAUUAUGCUCGGUGUCUGACAUUUGAUUCUUCAUUUUUAUUAUUAUUUCACCUUAAUUUAACCAAGGUAGAAACACUGACGUUAGAAAUCUCUUUUAAAACUGAGCCCUGACCAAGAAGGUCACACACAACAACCAAGAGGACAAUCAACAGAGAAACAACAGCACAACCAACAACAGAUAAGCUUAACCUAAGCUCAAUUUAAGUAAUUACUUUGAAUCAAAUUAAUAACAAGACCAAACAUAGAGAUACAGUUAUUUAACAACCAUCUUAAAAUCAGUGCUCCAAAUUCAAAUAUUUCUACAGAUCAUUCCUCGCAAAUGGAGCACUGUAAUUAAGAGUUUGCCAGAAAUUAAUACAGUCAAAUAUGAUGGAAGCAGACCAAUAAUUGCAGACAAAAUUCAUCCAAUGGAUUUGUCUUUGCACUGAAAGUGGAAGUUUACAAUGAUGAGUUGAUUAUCUCCCACAAGUUAUAAAUCUUAAUAUAGAAUGACAAACAAAGUGAGCGCAAUGUUGUCUUUGAGGCGUGCCUGUAUAGAAUAACACAAUAGUCUAAAACAGGUAAAAAAGGUAGCUUCAACUGCCUUGCCUACUGAGUGAAGCAAGAACUGUUUCUAAAAUAAGAUCCUGAGAU